UAUUAUUAUUAUUAUUAUUAUUAUUAUUAUUAUUAUUAAUCUUUAUUGCAAUGCUCAAACCUCCCAAGUUGUUUGGAGAAGUUACUUUUUUAGAAUUGGGAAAGUUACUCCUUUGGAAUUGCAAGGCCUAAGGUCCUCCAAGAAGCUUAGGGGAGUAUUAUUAUUAUUUAUUGCAAUGCCUCAAAUUUCACAAAGGGCUUGGAAAAGUUACUUUUUUGGAAUUGCAAGGCCUAAGUCUUCCAAGAAGCUUGGGGGAGUAUUAUUAUUAUUAUUAUUAUUAUUAUUAUUAUUAUUAUUAUAUAUUGCAAUGCUUAAACCUCCCAAGUUGCUUGGAGAAGUUACUUUUUUUAGAAUUGGGAAAGUUACUCCUUUGGAAUUGCAAGGCCUAAGGUCCUCCAAGAAGCUUAGGGGAGUAUUAUUAUUAUUUAUUGCAAUGCCUCAAAUUUCACAAAGGGCUUGGAAAAGUUACUUUUUUGGAAUUGCAAGGCCUAAGCCUUCUAAGAAGCUUAGGGGAGUAUUAUUAUUAUUAUUAUUAUUGUUAUUAUUAUUAUAUAUUGCAAUGCUUAAACCUCCCAAGUUGCUUGGAGAAGAUACUUUUUUAGAAUUGGGAAAGUUACUCCUUUGGAAUUGCAAGGCCUAAGGUCCUCCAAGAAGCUUAGGGGAGUAUUAUUAUUAUUUAUUGCAAUGCCUCAAAUUUCACAAAGGGCUUGGAAAAGUUACUUUUUUGGAAUUGCAAGGCCUAAGCCUUCUAAGAAGCUUAGGGGAGUAUUAUUAUUAUUAUUAUUAUUAUUAUUGUUAUUAUUAUUAUAUAUUGCAAUACUUAAACCUCCCAAGUUGCUUGGAGAAGAUACUUUUUUUAGAAUUGGGAAAGUUACUCCUUUGGAAUUGCAAGGCCUAAGCCUUCCAAGAAGCUUGGGGGAGUAUUAUUAUUACUAUUAAUAUUUAUUGCAAUGCUCAAACCUCCCAAGUUGCUGAGAGAAGUUACUUUUUUUAGAAUUGCAAGGCCUAAGGUCCUCCAAGAAGCUUGCAGGAGUAUUAUUAUUAUUAUUUAUUGCAAUGCCUCAAAUUUCACAAAGGGCUUGGAAAAGUUACUUUUUAGAAUUGCAAGGCCUGAAGUCCCCCAAGAAGCUUGCAGGAGUGUUAUUAUUUAUUGCAAUGCCUCAAAUCUCCCAAAUGGCUUGGGAAAGUUGCUUUUUUUGGAAUUGCAAAGCCUAAGGUCCUCCAAGAAGUUUGGGAAAGCUGUAUUAUUAUUUAUUGCAAUGCCUUAAAUCUCAAGGAGCUUGGGAAAGUUACAUUUUUGGAAUUGCAAGGCCUAAGGUCCUCCAAGAAGCUUGGAGUAUGACUAUUAUUGUUUUUGUUAUUAUUUAUUGCAAUGCCUCAAAUCUCCCAGUGGGCUUGGGAGGCGGCAGUGGCAUCGGCCGGGCGGUCUGCUCCCGCCUGGCCAGGGAAGGGGCCUCGGUGGCCGUUGCCGACCUCCAUGAAGCCGGGGCCCAAGGGACGCUGCGGGGGCUGCCGGCGGGGGACCACCAGGCCUGGACCCUGGACGUGGGGAGCGCAGGCAGCGUGGCCGCUCUCAUGGCCCACAUCCAGACCCACUUCUCCCGCCCGCCCAACGUCUGCGUCAACUGCGCCGGCAUCACGAUGGACGAGUUCCUGCUCCGGCAGAAGGAGGAGGCCUUUGAUGCCGUGCUGCGGGUCAACCUCAAGGGGACCUUCCUGGUGACGCAGGCCGUGGCCCGGGCCCUGGUGGAGAGCGGUGGCUCCGGAGGGGGCUCCAUCAUCAACAUGGGGAGCAUCGUGGGAAAGGUGGGCAACCUGGGGCAGGUGAACUACGCAGCCUCCAAGGCCGGAGUGGAGGCCCUGUCCAAGACGGCGGCCAAGGAGCUGGCCAGGUACGGCAUCCGCUGCAACACGGUGCUGCCGGGCUUCAUCCGCUCCCCCAUGACGGACACGGUGCCCCAGAAGGUCCUGGACAAGUUUGCAGCCAUGGUGCCUCUGGGCCGACUGGGAGACCCUGAAGACGUGGCGGACGUCUGCGCCUUCCUGGCCUCGGAGGAGAGCCGCUACAUCACCGGAGCCAGCAUCGAGGUCACAGGAGGCCUCUUCAUCUGACCUCGUCCCCAAAAAAGGGAAAUUACACUCUUUAUAUACUCUUUAUGGAUGAUUCCUUGCUUGGCAAGACAAAUUUUGAAUGCAAAUGGAAACUGAUUCUUCAAGAGUUUUUGGAAUGUUUUAUUUUUUGGUCCCAAAGGCCAGUCCUUGGACUAACAUUAGCCAAAUGGGAAGGGAUUGAGUUCUGCCUUCUUCCCUUACGGCAGGUGGGUCAGACUGGAUGGCCCUUGGGCACCCUUUCCAGCUCUGUGAUCCUCAGUGGGAUUUCUCAACUCCCUGCAAAGCUUUGAGUGCUUUGGGUUUUGUUUGCCUGAUCAUUUCACGUGCCUUCGGAUGGACAGACCAGCGAAUCCAUUAUACAGUAGAGUCUCACUUAUCCAACACUCGCUUAUCCAACAUUCUGGAUUAUCCAACGCAUUUUUGUAGUCAAUGUUUUCAAUGCAUCGUGAUAUUUUGGUGCUAAAUUCGUAAAUAGAGUAAUUACUACACAGCAUUACUGCGUAUUGAACUACUUUUUCUGUCAAAUUUGUUGUAUCACAUGAUGUUUUGGGGCUUGAUUUGUAAAAUCAUAACCUAAUUUGAUGUUUAAUAGGCUUUUCCUUAAUGCCUCCUUAUUAUCCAACAUAUUCGCUUAUCCAACGUUCUGCCGGCCCGUUUAUGUUGGAUAAGUGAGACUCUACUGUAUUGAGAUAAAUGUGCACUCAGGGAUGAGGAUGAUAAUAGUGAUGACGAUGAAGAUAAUAAAGAUAAUAACCACACAA